GCAGAGUUGGUCCUGUUCAUUUUCUGCUGGUGGACAGACUUUCUUAGGGGAGGGUGGACAGACCCAUCUGCAAAAGGGUCCCAGGUUACCUUGUAGGUUAAUUCAAGGGAUGCCAGCAAAGAUUGGUUGUAUAUAUAGUUUUUCUCUUACAGAGUCAAUUAGAUAAUUUCCCCUUACAUUUUCCAUUGUUAGAAGCCUAUAAUUUCAUGUAUCGCUCAGCUGUGCACUGAGGAAGUACGCAAGUGUAGGUUUAGCCAGGGCACUGAGUCCCUCCAGAUUUUGCAAAACCCUGACCCAUCACUCUAGAGGCAAGCACCUCUUCCCUAGAGGGCUCCCAUUGAACAAAAUCAACUUAGCCUUUUGUCAGGUAAUUUGGGGCCUUUUGGCGUGGGUGGUAGCAAACUCCAUACAAUGGCAGGCCAUGAGGGAGUCCACUGACUAAGCCAGUCAUUACUGGGUUUUCUUCUGGAAACAGGGCCCGGGCCUUGCCUUUUGACGUACUGGCUAGCAGGCCAGAGGAGACUGGCGUGCUUGGGUGUGCAGGCUUCAGCUUGUCUGCGUGUGGAAGACUGUACAGAAAGUUACAUGGACUCUGAGAAUGGGGACAGCAUUGCUGUUUGGAUCAUUUGUACAGAAAUAUAAGUGGAGAUAAGUGGCCCAGUGUGGCACAUGUUGGGGGGGGGGUGCCCCCAGCGUCCUACUGCCCUAGAUGAAACUCUUCCCCACUGCUGGGCAAGGUUCCCCACAUCCCCUCCCCCAAAGCUGAAUGUUCUGCUUGGAAACCUAGUCCCUUCAGUGAUUUCCUAUUUCAAAUAAAAGGAUUUAAGUUGACGUAUGACCACGUGAGCACAUAAUACAGCGCAUUAUUGUGGCAUUUGGAGCGGAGACCCGGGCGGGCUUCGCCUGUGAUUACGUUUUCUAGAUUCUCUACAGAGCGAGAGCUUUUUCCCCCCACCCCCACGCACCCACCUCCUCCUUCUCCUUCCCCUUCUCCGGAGAGCGCUCUCCUAGCGGGUUGCAGUUUUCAGCGCUCAUGGAGCGGUUCUGGGCGAGCUAGCCGAUGGGACUCGAGGCCACACCAGGAGGAUGGAAUUUAUUUUAAGGUCUGCGCGGGGCAGCCAUUGGCGGCGGAGUAUCACGUGACCGCGGGGGCGUGCCAAUGUGCGCCCUCAAGGGUGUCAAGCCCCUGUCAGAGUGUGCGAUCAAGAUUGUGAGACAACGCGAUGCAAAAAGCGACCUACUACGACAGUUCGGCGAUCUACGGUGGCUACCCCUACCAGGCAGCCAACGGGUUCGCUUAUAAUGCCAAUCAGCAGCCGUAUCCGGCGUCCUCCGCACUGGGCACUGAUGGCGAGUACCACCGACCUGCCUGUUCACUCCAGUCGCCCGCCAGCGCCGGGGGCCACCCCAAGGCGCACGAGCUGAGCGAGGCGUGUCUGCGCACCCUGAGUGGCCCGCCCAGCCAACCCCCAGGCCUCGGCGAGCCCCCCCUGGCCCCGCCGCCCCCCCAGGCCGCGCCCCCUGCUCCACAGCAGCCUCAACCCCCGCCACAGCCCCCAGCACCCGCUCCUGCCGCGCCCCCGCCCCCCUCUUCAGUUUCCCCACCUCAGAAUGCCAGCAGCAACCCCACGCCUGCCAGCGCAGCCAAGAGCCCCCUACUCAACUCACCCACCGUGGCCAAACAAAUCUUCCCCUGGAUGAAAGAGUCUCGGCAAAACACAAAGCAGAAAACCAGCGGCUCCAGCUCAGGGGAGAGCUGCGCUGGCGACAAGAGUCCGCCUGGGCAGGCGUCGUCCAAACGGGCGCGCACCGCCUACACGAGCGCGCAGCUGGUGGAGCUGGAGAAGGAAUUCCACUUCAACCGCUACCUGUGCCGGCCGCGCCGGGUAGAGAUGGCCAACCUGCUGAACCUCACAGAGCGCCAGAUCAAGAUCUGGUUCCAGAAUCGCCGCAUGAAGUACAAGAAGGAUCAGAAGGGCAAGGGCAUGCUGACGUCAUCAGGGGGCCAGUCCCCAAGUCGUAGCCCGGUGCCCCCCGGCGCGGGCGGCUAUCUGAACUCUAUGCAUUCGCUGGUCAACAGCGUCCCAUACGAGCCCCAGUCGCCCCCGCCUUUCUCCAAGCCUCCCCAGGGUGCCUAUGGGCUGCCCCCCGCCUCCUACCCCGCACCCCUGCCAAGCUGCGCGCCCCCACCGCCCCCGCAGAAGCGCUACACCGCGGCGGGGGCAGGGGGCACACCCGACUAUGACCCGCACGCUCAUGGCCUGCAGGGCAACGGCAGCUAUGGGACCCCACACUUACAGGGAAGCCCCGUCUUCGUGGGGGGCAGCUAUGUGGAGCCCAUGAGCAACUCUGGGCCUGCCCUCUUUGGCCUAACUCACCUCCCCCACGCCGCCUCGGCAGCCAUGGACUACGGGGGUGCUGGGCCACUGGGCAGCGGCCACCAUCACGGGCCCGGGCCAGGGGAGCCUCACCCCACCUACACGGACCUUACCGCCCACCAUCCUUCUCAGGGAAGAAUUCAGGAAGCCCCCAAGCUCACCCACCUGUGAUGGU